UGAGUUGUGUUGCUCAGAGUUCCAUCCAGCUUGGCUUUAGACACUUCUGGGGAUGGGCCAUCCACAACUUCAUUAGCUCCUCUGUGGUUGCUGGAUAGCCUGAAGACAGGGAAACACAGACACUGAACUAAAAACAGAUGCUUUGUAUUCUCAGAAUGAACACAGACGUUAUAAAGCAGGAUUUUAGGUCCAAUGUGUAUUUAGCCAGGGGCUACACUGCAGCUUUGUCUGUCUGAACUCUUUUCCCUCUUCCCUGGGUGCCCUGCAUGUGUGGGUGCCUGUCCCCGUGGCUCAGCCAGCACAGUGCUCCGUGCCAUGAGGACAGCACUGCUGCUCCCGUGCUCUGCCAGCUGACAGCGAGGACACAGACACCUGCUCCAGUUCUGUGCAUGCUGUGCACCUUUCCUUAUCUGCUGCCACAAGAAAAGCCUUUUCUUCUAACCCAACUUCCUUUGAAGAAGGAACUCGGGAAGCGUCAUGGCCUCUCAAGAAUCUCAGGGACAAACUCACCCAAUCUUUAAGGAUUACCUCCCUGGUUCUUCUGACGUUCCUCAACAGAAUAUGCCUGUUGAACCAACAAGUCUCUGGAAGCAAACAUCACACACUCAUAAUUUACCACCUGGUUUGGAAUACCUGAACCAGCUGGACCAGAUAAUUAUUCAUCAGCAAGUGGAGCUUCUGGAAGCCAUACUUGGCACGGAGACCUCCAGCAGAUAUGAGAUAAAAAACCACUUGGGACAAAGAGUUUACUUUGCAGUGGAAGAGAACGGCUGCUUUGACCGCCAGCUGUGCUCGCCCAUCCGGGCUUUCACCAUCCGCAUCGCGGAUAACGCCGGCCGCGAGGUCAUCCGUGUUCUCAGACCCUUGAGGUGCAACAGCUGCUGCUUCCCCUGCUUCCUGCAGGAGUUAGAAGUUCAGUCCCCACCAGGUACAAUAGCUGGGUAUGUUGUACAGAACUGGGACCCUUUUCUGCCAAAGUUUACUAUACAGAAUCAAAGUAAAGAAGAUGUGCUAAAAAUAAUUGGCCCAUAUGCAACCUGUGGCUGUUUUGAAGAUGUUGACUUUGAGGUAAAAGCUCUCGAUGAGAUGACAACAAUCGGCAAAAUUUCCAAGUAUUGGUCUGGAUUUGUGAACAAUGUCUUUACCAACACUGCCAACUUUGGGAUCCAGGUCCCUGUAGAUCUUGACGUGAGGAUCAAGGCAGUGAUGAUUGGUGCUUGUUUCCUCAUUGACUUAAUGUUCUUCGAAAAUUCUUUGGAUGGAUUAUAACAAGAUGACAGAAACAAUGAAAUAUGCAGAAUGUGUUCCAAAAUCGCUUGAGCUUUGGACAUGAUUUUAAACUGCAAAAUCCUUGUUCCUUAUAGGAAAAGACAGGGAGCUAAUGAGGAUGUUUAU